CAAAGCCAAAAAGAAUGGCUAAAGAAUGGUCUCAGCGCGGCUACGAGAGUUCUGUUCUUGCGUCUCGUUACAUUGACUUCCGGCCAAAGCCACCGGCGCAACUGGCUGACAGGAUCGUGGAAUUUCUGAAAGAGAAGUAUACUGGAGAUUUGUCCUUAUGUGUGGACGCGGGAUGCGGAAGUGGCCAGUGCUCUCUACUUUUAUCUUCGCAUUUUCAAAAAGUUCUUGCCACAGACAUCAGUGCCUCUCAGAUUGAAGUAGCCAAAUCCCGAAAUCAUCCUUCCAACAUCGAAUUCGUAGCCAGUCCUGCAGAGCAGUGCCCUGUCGAAGACGGAUCGGUACAGCUCGUUAAUGCCUGCGUUGCCGCCCAUUGGUUCGACCUUCCGGCCUUUUUCAAGGAGUCAGACAGAAUUUUAUGCUCAAACGGUAUUGUCGCCAUCGCAGCCUAUGUCCCUUUGCUGGAGUUCGUUCACCCUACCGCGUCGGAAGAGCUCGGAGAAGCCAUGAAAUUGUUUUACAGAGUUCGUCUUCGCGAUUAUUGGGCUAAAGGAGUCAGCAUUGUAGAUAAUGAGUACAAAUCCAUUACCAUUCCGUAUGAAGACUUUGUCCGAGAGGUAUUUUAUGUCGACGAAUGUCGAAAGCUGUCCGAUUUGAUGAACUUCUUCUCGUCGUGGUGCAUAUACAACAAUUACUGUGAAGUCAACGGAGAAGCAGCUGGAAAAGGAAUUCUGGAGGAAUUUGCAAACAACUGCCUGAAAGCCUUAGGAUCUACUCAGGAACCGCACGAGGUUGACAUCAAUUUCAAAUUCAAAUAUGUUCUUCUAAUGGCACACAAACCUUGAACUGAAAUUUCUUUUACCUUUAAAUUUUCCAUCCACAGUAGUCACUUUGGUUAGAAAAUUGGUACUUAUAGCCAAUAGUUUUCCACUAUAGCCUGCCUGUGCACCUUUUUUUGGUCACGCAUUUCUAAUACUCAAUCCUGUAUAAGAUCAAUUCUGUUUUUCACUUUCUCCUUCGUGAAAUACAAAAUAGCGACAAUCUA